AUGUCUGCCACUGCUGCUAAUCGUGUCUCGGUUCUGAUGAACCAUCUCUCUGCAGCUCCCUCCUCUGCGACCCACCCCGCGGGACUUCUUGCUCAGCAGGUCGCUAUCGUUACUGGUGCUGGCCAGGGAAUUGGAGGCGCUACAGCCUUGCUCUUUGCUAAAGAAGGCGCCAGUGUCGUUGUCAGUGACCUUGACGAUACCAAGGGCAAGGCCAUUGCUGAGCAGAUCACUAAGGCUGGAGGAAAGGCCAUUGCUGUCAGCGGCGAUGUUACUGACCCUGCUUUCCCAGAGCGCCUCAUCGAGGAAACCAUCAAGGCGUUCGGAAAGAUCAACAUUAUUGUCAACAACGCAGGUUAUACCUUUGAUGGCAUGACCCACAAGACGACAGACAAGCAGUUCCAGCUCAUGUUGGACGUCCACAACGUUGCACCGUUCCGCAUCCUUCGCGCUGCAUCCAAGUACAUGCGCGUCAAGGACAAUGAGCCCCGCUCCAUUGUCAACGUAUCAUCGACCUCCGGCUUGCACGGAAACGUUGGCCAGGCCAACUACGCGACUGCGAAGGCCGGUAUUGUCGGCCUCACCAAGACCAUUGCUAAGGAGUGGGGCGCAUUCGGAGUCCGAUGCAACACUGUAGCAUUCGGUUACGUCGACACACGCUUGACACGCGCCAAAGAGAACGGAGAGACUAUGGUCGUGGAUGGCCAAAAGAUUGCGUUGGGCAUUCCGAUGGGAGCCAAGAAAGAGACCCCACCACCCGCAGUCGUCUUUGCGGACACUCCUCUGAAGCGUGCAGGACAUGUGGAUGAAGCAGCCGGAUCGGUGCUGUUGCUGUGCAGCCCCUUCGCAUCGUAUAUUACAGGACAUACUCUCGAGGUCACUGGCGGAAAGGGUAUCUAA